AUGUCUCUUUUCAAUCAGCUCUCAUACUUUUAUAACUUUUUAUUUGUUGAUCUCUCUGUUCUCUACUCACAGUAUGUUUCGAGCAGUCUAGCAAUAGCAUUUGCAACCAUAAUGUUGACAUUCUUUUAUCUUUAUUUGAGAAAGAAGGCUGCAACAUCACCACAAGUAGCAGCAAAUUUUUCCAAACUGAGAUUUAGAAAGAGAGAAAAGUUUCUUUUCUAUGGGAGGAAAAUGCUGAGGAGGGUUAAGCUUUUCGCUAAACCAAUUCAAAUGGAUAUGGCGAAAGAAACUGGCAGAAGAAUGAAAGAUACUAAAAAGAAAAGAAUUAAAACUGUUCUCAACCUAGCUAAAAGGUUUCUGCAUUUCAAACAUGAGAAAGAGAUGGAAUGGAAAGCCCGUGAAGACCAUCCCUCCCUCUUGGAGGUCGAUUGCCAGGAGCAUGAACAACAACACCAACUGCCCCCUGAACUCAUGUACAUGCUCAGAAACGUCAGAGUUCUCGGGCACUUUGAGAAGCCCAUCUUCCUUGAGUUGUGUCGCUUCAUUGAAAGCAUCAAUGUGCCUGCCCACAACUACCUCUUCCAGAUCGGAGACUUGGAUGAUUCCAUCUUUGUCGUGCAGUCUGGGAAGAUUGUUGUUCACGUUACAGAACAGGAGGUAAUUGAGUAA